CCUUCAGUGACUAUGACAUUGGAAGCUUUCAAAACCCCGCAGGGCAGGGGAGUGGUGAAUUCCCAAACUUCCAUCCGCUCUUCAGGAUGAUAAAGAAUGUAGCCAGAGACAUCCUACCUUUCUAGUCAACCCGAGGAAAUAAAGAGCACCUGGAAGGAAAAAGUUUGUGACCAAGAUCUGGAACAUGAUGAAAGUCGGCAGUGGUUUCUUGUAUGUCUGCAUCACUGUGCUGAAUCUUGUCCUGGAACAAGUGCAUGGCCAAGGGACCCACCGGCUGAAGCUCACGGUGCUCUCGGAGGAUAGGCUCCAAAUGAAGUGGAAAGAAACUGAAGGGAACACAAAUGGCUACAAAGUACAAGUGAAACCCAUGGCAGGUGAUUCAGAGCAGGAAGUGAUGUUGACGACCAAAACACCCAAGGCUACUGUGGGGGGACUGAGCCCCACAAAGGAAUACACCCUCCAGAUCUAUGUGCUCAAUGGCUCUCAGGACACACUGUUUGCUAGAAGGAAGUUUGUGAUUGAGGAUUUAAAAAGCAGCUCCUUGGCUAGGAGUAAUCGGAGGAUAGCAGGGGCAUCUGCAGAACCAAAAAGCUCUCCGGGGGGAAGCCCAGAGUCUGCCCAGAGUCCUGAGCCUGAAGCCACUUCUCCAUCCCCAGGGAGGGACUCCCUGAUUCCAGGCCUAAGUAACUCAGAGAGAGACCGACCAGAGAGGAAACGGCAAAGACCCCUGGGAGGAAAGUCCACCAGUAAAUCCAGUUCAACAUUAAAUGCCACCGAGGGGACCUCAGCACCACCGAGGCAGAGCACUGACAAACUGGAGCUGGAGAUGCCAGACAGAGACCACCAGGCCCAGGACACUCUGAAGAGAGGUUCCCAUUUUCAGUGCAACUCAUCUGCACCCGUGGAUAUUAUCUUCCUGGUAGAUGGGUCCUGGAGCAUCGGCCGCAGUAACUUCAGGCUGGUCAGAGAAUUUCUAGCCAGCCUCAUUUCUCCUUUCAACAUUGCCCGGGACAAGAUCAGCAUAGGCUUGUCCCAGUACAGUGGAGAUCCCCGUACUGAAUGGGAUCUGAACAAAUUCGCCAGCAAGGACAAGGUUCUUGAGGCCGUGAGGAAUCUCCGCUAUAAAGGCGGCAACACAUUCACUGGUCUGGCAUUAACACAUGUUCUGGAACAAAAUCUGAAGCUGGAAGCCGGUCCCCGACCUGAAGCUGAUAAAAUAGUGAUCCUUCUGACGGACGGGAAAUCCCAGGAUGAGGCCAAUGCUGCCGCCCAGGCGUUGAAAGACUUGGGCAUCAGUAUCUUUGCCAUUGGUGUCAAGAAUGCUGAUGAGGCUGAGCUGAGGCAGGUGGCCUCUCACCCUUUGGACAUCACUGUGCAUAAUGUCCUGGAUUUUCCCCUCCUCAGCUCCCUGGCUGAUCCACUCAGCAGGAUCUUAUGCAAAAAGAUCAAGGAAAGAAGCAAGAGUGGACAAUCAGGUGGUUCAGCUAACGUGGACUCAGCCAGCGGGGCACUGAGCCCUGGUCCCACCAACCUGAUUAUAUCAGAAGUGACAUCCAAAACGUUCAGGCUCUCCUGGACCCCUCCUCUGCAGCCAGUUGAAAAGUACAGGAUUGUGUAUUAUCCCUCCGUUGAAGGGGUCCUCUCAGAGGUAACUGUGGAUGGGUCUGCUUCCUCCGUCAUGCUGGUCAACUUAACCUCGCACACAGAGUAUCUGGUUUCGGUGUUCCCCGUUUAUGAGAGUUCUGUUGGAGAUGGACUGCGAGGAGUUACUGCCACAUUGCCCUUGUCUCCCCCCAGGUCCCUAAGAGUGACUGAGGUGACUCACCACAGCAUCAAAGUGAGUUGGCAGCCCACAGAUGAAACUACUGAGUAUCUGGUUCUCUGCACCUUGACCUCUAAUUCGGAGGAGGAGGAAGAUGGGAAAGAGGUGAAAGUGGAGCAGACGGAGGUCUUGUUGGAAGGCCUGAGACCUGGAACAGAGUACACAGUUGCUGUAUAUGCACUGGAUGGGGAAGAGGCCAGUGAGCCCCAGAGCAUUCUAGAAACAACCUUGGGUUUGAUUCCUACCCGGUACCUGACAUUCUCUGAGGUCAGCCACAACUCUGUCAGAGUCCACUGGGAGCAGCCCUCAAGAGCGGUCAGAGUUUUCCAGGUGUCCUACAUCUCAAGAGAAGGAAGCAAUGCCGGAGAGGUAGAAGUGCCUGGUAGCAACUUGUCAGCGUGGUUAGUCCCUCUCUCCUCCUCCACUGAGUACAUCAUCAGUGUCACAGCCAUCUAUAGCGACGGCGACUCUUCAGUGCUCACUGACCAUGUGACAACACGAAAGGUCCCAGCUCCUUACCCACUGAGGGUGAUUGAGCUCCCUGGGGACGAUGUCAGACUGGAGUGGGGACACGCAGCCAUCGCUGACGUGGUUGUCUAUCAGAUUAAAUGGACUCCUCUGGGAGAGGGAAAAGCUCACGAGAUUUCUGUUCCUGGAAACUUGGAUGCUGCUGUUCUGCCAGGGUUGGAAAAACACAUGGAGUAUCAGAUCUCCAUUUUGGCAUAUUACCGAGAUGGAGCUCGAAGUGACACGGUGUCUCUCCGUUUCAGCCCCCUUUCCAGGAGUCCCCCCUCCAAUCUGGUUAUAGAGUCGGAGACCCCCAACAGCCUACAAGUAGUCUGGAAACCCCCCGAUGGCCAUGUUCUAUACUACAAAGUUGCUUAUGCCCCAGCUUCUGGCACCAGCAUGGAGAAGACGGUGAAUGUUUCUGCUACUAGCAACCACAUCAAGCUUCCUCUGCUCCUCCCUGCUACCAAAUACAAGGUGAUGAUUUCUGCCAUCUACGCGACAGGGGAGAGCGAUGCGGUGGCCACGACGGGACGGACUGCUUUAUCCCUGGCUAAGCUCCCCCCUGCUCGAGGCUUUGCUCCCAUUAGGAUGGAGGCAGCCUGCCCCGCUCUUCAUGCUGACGGCGCUCUACAAGGAUUUGAUAUGAUGGAGGCUUUUGGGCUUGUGGAGAAGGAGUACUCCUCCAUUAAAGGGGUAUCCAUGGAGCCUUCCAUCUUCAGUGGAACUCGGAUCUACACUCUCUUCAGAGACAUACAGCUCACCCGCCGAACCAGGGAAAUCCACCCAGCGGAACUUCCUCCUGAACACACCAUUACCUUCCUUCUCCGUCUCCUUCCUGAAAUGCCCAAGGAGCGUUUUGCUGUGUGGCAGAUCACGGAUGAAGAUUUUCAACCCCUCAUUGGAGUUGUACUUGACGCCAGUAGGAAGUCUCUGACUUAUUUCAAUCAUGACUACAAGGCUGAGUUGCAGGAAGUUACCUUUGACCAACAGGAAAUGAAGAAGAUAUUCUUUGGGAGCUUUCAUAAGGUACAUGUGGCUGUGAACCGGGUCAGAGUCAAGCUCUUUGUAGAUUGCAAGAAAAUCGCUGAGAAGCAGAUCAGUGAGGCAGGAAGUGUCUCCACAGCUGGCUUUAUCAUGCUGGGGAAGCUGACCAAGACCAGAGGCCCAAGGAGUGGAUCUGCAGCGUUUCAGCUCCAGUCUUUACAGAUUGUGUGCACUUCUGUCUGGGCAGAAGAAGACCGAUGUUGUGAUGUUCCUGCACUGAGAGAUAAAGAAACCUGUCCCGCUCCCAUUCCUGAAUGCACCUGCUCUUCUGAUUCCCCAGGGCCUCCAGGAUCCCCAGGCCCCCCUGGCAGUCCAGGGAGGAGAGGAGCUCAAGGUGAGCAGGGAACACCAGGACUCAAAGGAGAGCCAGGCCCACCUGGACAGACCGGGCCAGAGGGCCCUGGAGGGCAGCAGGGGUCACCGGGAUCCCAAGGCAGGACUGUACAGGGACCUGUGGGACCACCAGGGAACAAGGGUGAAAAAGGUGAAGAAGGCCACCAAGGGAUGCAGGGUUAUCCCGGUCAUCCAGGGCUUCCAGGGAGAGAUGGCCUUCAAGGUCCCAAGGGCAUGAGGGGAUUGGAAGGCACAGCUGGGCUCCCUGGCCCACCCGGCCCCAGGGGUUUUCAGGGGAUGGCCGGUGCUCCAGGUACUAAUGGACAGAAGGGACCCCCUGGAGACGUUGGCCCAACUGGACUGCCUGGGCCCAAGGGAGAAAGAGGAGAGAAGGGUGAACCUCAGUCCAUCGCCACUAUUUACCAGCUAGUCAGCCAAGCCUGUGAACAGAUGAUUCAAACUCAUGUACUGAAAUUUGACUCAUUUCUCCAUGAAAACACCAGGCCACCAGUGCCUAUUUGGAAGAAGAAACUGAUACCUGGAGAACCCGGACCCCCUGGUCUCCCAGGGAACCCUGGCAGGAUGGGGGAAAGUGGAGAAGUCGGUGUCCCUGGAGAGGCAGGGCGGGAUGGGUACCCGGGAGAAAGAGGAGAACCUGGAGUUAAGGGGGAGAAAGGCAGCCCUGGGCCACUGGGACAUGGACCACCUGGACCCCAUGGAAAAGCUGGUCCGGCAGGGGAAGAGGCAUUGGGAAAGCAGGGACCACAGGGCUCUCCUGGUCAGAUUGGAUCCCCAGGGAUCCCGGGAACUAGGGGACGAUCUGGAGAACCUGGUCUUCCAGGAAUCUGUGAUCCCUCUGGCUGUUUCAUCGGGAGCACAGAAGAUUUUAUCCCAUGAUCUGAACACAGGACUGAGGCCCGAGCUACUUUGGACCACCCUCUCCAUUUUCUGUUACGUCUUCCCUAUAUUUAUGCCAAUUUGGAGAAAAACUGCUGCUCAACCUCUCAUUCACCUGGAAUGGCUUCUAUCUGUAAGCUUCAAUGGACAGUCAUGUAGGUUCCAGGCUCUGGAUUCCCAAGCAGGAACAUUUUAGCCUGAACUCCCUUCUCACAGAAGAGCAGUUGGGAUAGAAUCCCUUGCUUCCUAGAUUUCUUCUCCCCAAUUUCUUGGAGGUCUGGCUUAUUUGUGGGAUAAAAUAUGGAAAAGUGAUAAAGAAUAAGUUGGAAGGAGUUGCAUUUUCUUGACCAUACCCCCAGAACGAUGCUGAUUCGAGCAAAUUGAAUGAAGAAUUGAAAAACCAUGUGUUACAAGAGAGAGAAAGAGACCUGUCUUGGAAGACCUCACUCCACUCCGUGACUCUGAAAUCAUGUGGCAGCAUUGUAACAAUUUUUAAUAACUGUUUUCCUGUUAUCAUUGUCACAUUAAAUCUUGGAGAAAAGUCA